AUGCUACGACUGCAACUCGUUCACAAACUUUCAAUCCAAACACUCCUACAUUUCCUACUACUAAUCAAUAUAAUCAAUGCUUCUCCCACAACUUCAUCAAUAGAACCAAUUCCUACCCCAUCAUAUAUAGUAGAUAUAUUAUCAUCACAACCUCAAUUUUCAUAUUUUUUACGUCAUUUACAAAGACAAGGAAUGAUCCCUGAUUUGAAUCUUAUGGAAAAUGUAACAUUACUAGCUCCAAUAAAUCUGGCAUUUGUUGAAUCUACUGAUCAAAAUACAUUAAAUGAAAAUCAAUUGUUAAGAUACGUUGUAAACCAAAGAAUAUUAAUUGAAAAUAUUACAGAACAAACAGUGAUUUAUGACACGUUAUACCACCCCAAUGGAGAUCCAUAUCCUAUAAAGUUUACAUCAAAAGAUGACGAAUAUGUUAUUGAUGAUAUUUCAAGUAUUGUUGAACCGGAUUUACAUGCUAAAAAUCAAAGAUCAUAUGUUCAAGGUAUAGAUCAUCUAUUACCAGUAAAACCAAGUUUAUGUGAUGUUUUAAUACAUUCUGAAAAUAAUGAAAUUUCAAUAAUUGGAGAUAUGUUUCGACUGUUAUUUCCUGAUGAAGUUAUACUACAAAAAAAGAAGAAAAAAAAGAAGAAAAAACCAAGACCAUAUCCUAAAACAUGUUCUGAAUUUUUAAGAGGUGUUAAAACUAUGGUUAUUCCAAGUAAUGAACUAUUACAAAAUUCGUUAGAUGAGUUACAAUUAAAAUAUUAUUUAGCAAAUGAAGCUGAUGAAAAAUAUGAUACUACAAAUGAAGCAAUAGAUGAGAUAAAUAGAGAUAUUGUAUCACUACUAGAAGAGUUAAUGUUUGAUGUUUAUAUUGGAGGUGUUAAUGGAACUGAAGGUAAAUUGAAAUCUAAAACUGGGAGAACAUAUAAUUUUAAAUCGAAGAAUUCUAAUUUACUGGUGGGUAAUUUCACUACAAAUACAACACAUGUUUUAUCGAAUGGUGUACUACAAAUUUUCAAAACCGGUGAACAAUUUUUCCAACAACUCAAAAUCCCAACAGUUGAAAUGAUUGCAAGAAAAUCCCUUUAUGCAGCUCAUUAUUCCAAUUUUGUAAGUGAAUUAAGAUUUAGAUCAUUAGAUGGAUUAAUUGAUGGAUCUAUAUCAAAUCAAACUAUACUAGUAGACAUAGAUCUGAGAGAUGAUGUUGGAGAAGAAGAAAUUACAAUCGCGUCAUAUUCAUUAAAACAAGAAUUAAUGUAUCAUUUUAUUGAUGAACCUGUUGAUUUAUAUGAAUCUAAUUAUGCAUUAAAAGAUUCAAGUUUAUGUUUAAAAAAGAAAUUAGGUGGUUGUUAUAAAAUAAAACUAGCUAAAACUAGACCAAAGGGAAAUUUAGUAGUUACUAUAAAUGAUGGGAAUGAAGUAUUAGAAAGAAUUAAAAUUCAUAAUGGAUCACAAAUCUUAAUAGUUGAUGAAGAAUUAUCUCCACCAGUUAAUUUAAAACAUUCAUUAGGUGAUUUAAUGUCAUCUGGUACAAUCCCGCGUCCAAUGGAAAAUAUUCAAAUUGAUAGAAUUCAAUGCUUAAAAACAUUAAAUUACUUGAAUGAUUUUGAUUUAUAUUCGCUAAAAGACAAUGAACAAGGGUAUACUAUUUUUUUACCAUGUGGAGCUAAAAAUUCCAAGAAUCAAAUGGGAUUAUGGGAUGAAUUGGGGUUAGUAUUGAAUUAUCUUGAAUCCAAACCAGAAUUAUUAAAGAGUAUUGUUCAAGGAAUGUUUUUGGAGAAAACAAUAUAUACAGAUUAUAAUAAAUCAAGUACUUUUACAAAUCUAGCAGGUGGAGAAUUUAAAAUUACUAGUGAGAAUUUAACACAUCAUAAUAAUUUAAUUAAAAUUGAUAAUGAAGUGGCUAUUGAUCUACCAUUAAAUUCGGAUGUUUUAUUUAAUCAAGGUGUUAUCCAUGUUAUAAAUGAGGUGUUACUUCCCAAAAAUUUCCAUAUCCCAAUUGAAGACCUUAUCAAAACAACAUUUGAUCCAAAUUAUGCAGAUUUCUCAAUAAUGAACUUGUUAAAGUUAUACCCCAAAAUAAGAGAUUCUUUGUUUGGUAAACAUCCAUAUUCACUUAUAGUCCCAAAACCAGAAUCAUUAAAAGAUUUCAACAUCACAUCAUCAUUUGAAGAAUUAUUUGAUUUUUUGGAAUUUCAUCUUAUACCAAAUGAUCAAGUUAGUAAGUUGUUAGAUUGUGUUUAUGGAUUUGGUAAUGAUGAAAUUAUAAAAACAAACUACACUAAGGGGGAAUUGACUUGUAAACAUAAAUCAGAUAAAACCAUACUAUUAAGUUUAUAUAAAUUUAAUGAUACUCAAGAAGCUGGAGAUGUUUCAUACAAUAAGGAUCAUGAAGUUAAAUUGGUAUCUCAUGGCUGUACUUCACCUUAUUAUGAUGAUGUUAAAAAUAUAUCAUGUGUGUUUUUAAUUGAUAAACCAUUAAAUUUAAAUUGGUUCAAGGAUAAAAAAGAUGAUAAUUUCUUACAUAUUCAUUUAGGUAUAGUUAGUGUUGGAGUUGGAAUAAUUUUAGGUUUAAUUAUGGUUGGUGGAGUAAUGGUUGGAUUAAUGUUUUGUAUAGGUGGUAAAAAGAAAUCCACUAAUCCUUAUGGUUCAUCAAAAUUAAAUGAUGAUGAAACAUUACCAAGAGCUGAUUCGGGAUUUAUGAGUGUAUUAACUGAUGAAGAUGAAUACAUUCCUUAUGAUAGAGGAUAUGAAACUGAUGUUGAUGUCUUGAGGUCAGAAACUGACGCGUUAUUACCAAGUCAUAUGAAACGUAAAAAACGAUCAAGACCUUUAAAUUAUGGGUCAAUUAGAGUUGAUGAUAAUGGUAACACAUUACCUAGAGAUAUUGGGAAUUUUAAAAAAACUUUGAAUAGAGAAAGAAAUCUACCUGGUGUUUCACAAUUUUAG